AAAUUUAUAAAAAAAGAAAAAGACUUUACUUUGGGGCUCUGCAUUGACCUCUGUUCUGUCAAAUUUCCUCUUUCCACACUGGGAACUGGAAAUGGAUGGGAAGCUUCCUUAGAUGAUUAAGAAAAGGGUUAUAAAUGGGAAUGGGAAAUGCUAUCUUCACAAACGCUACCUUCUUUGCCUUAUGGCUUCUCAAAACAGAUCAUCUUACUCCCUUCUUCUUCUUCUUGUUAUUGUUGUUGUCUUGCCAACUUCUUCCAUUUCUCAGCCCUAUAAAAAUGUAACGCUGAGAUCAUCUCUCACUGCAACUCCACGCAGCGCUGACACUAAUCUCUCCUACUGGCCCUCCCAAUCUGGUGUUUUUGCUUUUGGGUUUCUCCCCUGGGACGCCAAAGGUUUCUUGUUGGCCAUUUGGUUCAACAACAUUCACGACAAAACUAUCGUUUGGUCGGCUAAUCGCGAUAAAUUGGCACCUUCAGGAUCCACAAUUCAAUUCACUACUGCUGGUCAACUGGUGCUCAACGAUCCCGGAGGCAAUCUAAUAUGGACCUCAACUUCCUUUCCAUCUAAUCACUCUGCUUCCCAUGCCGCCAUGCUUGAUAGUGGCAACUUUGUGUUGGCUACCACCGAUUCUGAAAUUUUGUGGCAAAGCUUCGACUGGCCUACCGAUACACUUUUACCAUCACAAACUCUGAACAUUGGGAAAUCUCUUGUUGCUCGUUAUUCAGAAGCCACUUACUCAAGUGGAAGAUUUCAACUUUGGAUGCAAACUGAUGGGAAUCUGGUGCUUUACCCCAGAGAAUACCCUUUCGAUUUAGAUAGCAGAGCCUAUUGGGCAAGUGGCACCGUAGGCUCUGGCUUCCAGCUUGUGUUCAACCUCUCUGGUUCCCUUUAUCUCGUUGCCGAGAAUAAUACCAUUCUCACAUACUCCAUAUCAAAUACCCUUUCAGCACAGAAUUUUUACCUCCGGGCCAUUCUUGAGUAUGAUGGGGCUUUCAGACUGUAUGCUUACCCAAAGACACGUAAUUCGUCUAUGCCUCAAGCUUGGUCGCAAGUAUCGGACUCCGUAAACGUGUGUACCUUGGCCGAUAGUGGUAUGGGAGGUGGAGUGUGUGGAUUUAAUAGCUAUUGUAGUCUUGGGCGUGACCAGAGGGCAGUCUGCACUUGUCCACCAAGCUAUGUCUUGGUUGAUCCAGAUGAUGAAUUUAAGGGGUGUAAACCCAUUUUUGAAGCUCAGAGCUGCAAUCAAUCCUCUCAUGACACUGCUAACUUCCAAUUUGUGGCUUUGGAAAAUACAGAUUGGCCUCCUGGUGAUUACGGCCAAUUCCGACCAGUAAAUGAGGAAUGGUGCAGAAACGAAUGUUUGGAUGAUUGUUUUUGUGCGGCUGCCAUUUUCGAAGAUGGUGAAUGUAGGAAGAAGAGGUUCCCUCUUUCUUAUGGAAGAAUGGAUCCCAGUGCUGGCGGAAGAGCUCUUCUCAAAAUUAGAAAACAAAACUCCACUUUCCAACCUAAUAAUCUUCUCCAGCAACGCGGGACCAAAUCUAGAGUGGCCGUCAUUGUAUCAGUUCUAUUGGGAGGCUCUGCGUUUCUAAACUUGCUCUUUUUCCUACUCGCAUUAUUGGCUGUAUGCCGAUUCAGGAAAAGGAUGAGGAGAUCCAGGGAUGUUACCGUAGACCCUUUCAUUUUAGGCGUCAAUCUGAGGAUCUUCAGCUAUGAAGAGCUGAACAAGGCCACGAGUGGAUUCAGCGAGCAGUUGGGGUGUGGCUCGUUUGCCACUGUUUAUAAGGGGAUUAUUGAUUCCGGGGACAACAACUUGGUGGCCGUUAAAAAGUUGGACCACGCGGUGCAAGGGGAAGACCGGGAAUUUAAAGCAGAAGUGGGCGCUAUUGCUCGAACAAACCACAAGAACUUAGUUCGAUUGGUUGGUUUCUGCAACGAAGGAGAACACAGAAUGCUGGUGUAUGAGUUCAUGAAGAAUGGGUGUGUUGCAGAUUACCUUUUUGGGGAUUCCAAACCAAAUUGGUAUUCAAGGAUUCAAAUUGUUCUAGGGACGGCAAGAGGACUCUGCUAUCUACACCAAGAGUGCAGUACUCAGACCAUUCAUUGUGAUAUUAAGCCUCAAAACAUCCUUCUGGACGACUCUUUUACCGCGCGGAUUGCAGACUUUGGUUUGGCAAAGCUUCUGAAAAAGGAUCAAACUCGAACACUGACGGCAAUCAGAGGAACCAAAGGAUAUGUAGCUCCGGAGUGGUUUAGAAGCCUCCCCAUCACAGUGAAGGUGGACGUGUACAGUUUUGGGAUAUUGUUGCUGGAGAUUAUAUGCUGCAGAAGGAACUUCGAGGGAAAAGCAGAGGAUGAAGAUAGAAUGGUGUUGGCAGAUUGGAGUUAUGACUGCUUCAGAGACGGGAAGAUGGAGAUGUUGGUAGAAGAUGACGAGGAAGCAAAGGUGGACCUGAAGAGAGUAAAGAGGUUCGUGAUGAUUGCAAUCUGGUGCAUCCAAGAGGAACCAUCUCUAAGGCCCACCAUGAACAAAGUGGUUCAGAUGCUGGAAGGGGCUGUUGAAGUCCCCCUCCCCCCCGACCCAUCUUCCUUCAUUAGCACAACCUUCUAAUUCAUUCCAUGCUUAUUCAAUAAUAAACUCAAAUUCAGACGUA